UCGCUCCCCGACCGUAGGCGCGCGCACGCCGCCCCUCUCCCUCGGGCGGAGCGUCCCUCCCAGCACGCGCCCGGCUCGCGCGCUCCCCCAGGCGCCCUCCCCCGCCUCACACUCACCCUUGCCCUCCUCCCUCCCGCAUUUGUGCGCCGGUGCAGCAGGCUGUGGGAGCAUCCGGGCAUUUCCGCAGCUGAGCGGCGAUCCGGGCGGCGGCGGCGGCGGCGGCGGCGGCUGCGGUCGAGGAUCUCCCGUGGCAGGGAUGAGGCGGGGGGAAGGCGAGAGGGAAGCGAAGCGUUAAGCCGGAGCCGCCGCGGGGCGGGCUGCUGAGGGAGGCGGAGGGGGAAGCGGCUCUCGCGGCUGGAGGAGGGCCGGGCGCGGGGCUUGUCGCCCCUCUCGCGCAUUCCUCGGUCCAGUCAGGGCUCCGGAGAUGCAUCUGCAUCAGGUCCUCACCGGGGCUGUCAACCCUGGAGACAACUGCUACUCCGUGGGCAGCGUCGGGGAUAUCCCCUUCACGGCAUACGGAUCAGGCUGUGAUAUUGUUAUUUUGGCAAGUGACUUUGAAUGUGUGCAGAUCAUUCCUGGUGCUAAGCAUGGAAACAUCCAAGUCAGCUGUGUGGAGUGUUCUAACCAACAUGGAAGAAUUGCAGCUUCAUAUGGUAAUGCUGUUUGUAUUUUUGAGCCUUUGGGCAUAAAUUCUCAUAAGAGAAACUGUCAACUCAAAUGUCAGUGGCUUAAAACUGGGCAGUUUUUUUUGAGUUCCGUGACAUACAACUUAGCAUGGGACCCUCAAGAUAACAGAUUAUUGACAGCAACUGAUUCUGUUCAGUUGUGGGCUCCUCCAGGAGGUGAUAUUCUGGAAGAGGAGGAAGAAAUUGAUAAUAAAAUUCCUGUUUUAAAUGAUUGGAAGUGCAUCUGGCAGUGCAAAACCUCAGUAUCUGUAUAUUUGAUGGAAUGGUCUCCUGAUGGUGAAUAUUUUGCUACUGCUGGAAAGGAUGAUUGUCUUUUGAAAGUAUGGUACCCUAUGACUGGUUGGAAGUCUUCAAUUAUACCUCAGGAUCACCAUGAAGUGAAAAGGAGACAGGCUUCUACUCAGUUUUCCUUUGUUUACUUGGCACAUCCCCGAGCUGUGACAGGUUUUUCAUGGCGUAAAACUAGCAAGUAUAUGCCCAGGGGUUCUGUCUGUAAUGUGUUAUUAACUUCAUGCCAUGAUGGUGUGUGCCGGCUCUCAGAAACCUUAUUACCAGAAGACUGUCUUUUGGGUGAGCAGAUUUGUGAGACUACCACUUCUAGCAUUGCCAGUAAUCUUCCUCAGGCUGGAAGACAUAAAGACAGAAUACAACAUGCUCUUGAGACAAUACACCAUUUGAAAAAUUUAAGGAAAGGACAAAGGAGGUCUUCUGUUCUUGUAACUCACACUGACUUAACACCUGAUCAGAUGGCAACACAUGAAGUUCAAAGACAUAUUUCCCACCAUGCAAAUGCACUGUGUCAUUUUCACAUUGCAGCAAGCAUCAACCCUGCCACAGAUAUUCCAAAUGCCUUGGUUGGCACUGCAUUUAAUGUUGAUGAUGGAAAUGGUGGCUUUGUAGUUCAUUGGUUAAACAACAAGGAAUUUCAUUUUACAUCAUCUACUGAAAUAUUUAUGCAUCAAUUACGAAAACUUUCUGAAAAAGAGGUAGAUCAUGAAAGUGAUGAUGCAGAUAGAGAAGAUGAGGAACAUUCACAAGAGGAAAAAGAGAGGGGUUUACAUAUGAAAUUAGACCAUGAUUUAUCCUUGGAUAGAGAAUCUGAGGCAGGUACAGGAUCAUCAGAACAUGAAGAUGGCGAAAGAGAAGGAAGUCCUAGAACCUAUUCACGACCUAGUGUACCAAUGCCACUGCCUACAGUUCUGCUUGAUCGGAAGAUUGAAAUGCUGCUAACUGAAUGGAAUAAGAAUCCCGACAUGCUUUUUACAAUACACCCUGUAGAUGGUACCUUUCUAGUGUGGCAUGUAAAAUAUUUGGAUGAAUAUAAUACUGGAAUAUUUAGACAAGUCCAGGUUUCAUUUUCUUCUCGGAUUCCUGUUGCAUUUCCCUCUGGUGAUGCAAGCUCUCUCAGUAAAAAUAUCAUGAUGUAUGCCUGUAUAAAUGCUACAAAAGAUUCUCACCACACUCUCUUACACCAAGAGAUGAUGUCUGUAGGCAGUCCUCACAGAUCACAGCCACACUCUAGAUCACACAGUACAAAUAUGAACAUUAUAUCUCCCACAGUAAUGAUGGUCUCUAAACACAUAGAUGGUUCUUUAAAUCAGUGGGCAGUCACUUUUGCUGAUAAAUCUGCCUUUACCACCGUACUGACUGUAUCUCACAAAUUUAGAUAUUGUGGUCAUAGAUUUCACCUCAAUGACUUGGCAUGUCAUUCAGUUUUACCACUGUUAUUGACAUCAUCUCAUCAUAAUGCUUUGUUGACUCCGGAAUCAGAUUGUCAGUGGGACUCAGAAAAUAAGUUAAGUAGAUUAAUGGAUCCUGUAAAACAUUUAAAAGGCUCCUCGAAACAACCUCUUAGAAAUGCAGCAACCCGUACAUUUCAUGACCCAAAUGCAAUCUACAGUGAACUUAUUCUGUGGCGUGUAGACCCCAUAGGACCUUUGUCAUACACUGGAGGAGUAUCAGAAUUGGCUCGGAUUAACUCUUUACAUACCUCAGCCUUCUCUAAUGUGGCUUGGCUUCCAACUCUUAUUCCUAGUUAUUGUCUUGGAACAUACUGCAAUUCUGCAAGUGCUUGCUUUGUUGCUUCUGAUGGCAAACAUCUGAGACUCUAUCAAGCUGUGGUAGAUGCAAGGAAAUUACUGGAUGAAUUGUCAGAUCCAGAAUCUUCAAAACUUAUUGGAGAAGUGUUUAAUAUUGUGAGUCAACAGUCUACUGCUCGACCUGGCUGCAUUAUUGAACUCGAUGCAAUAACCGAUCAAUGUGGCUCAAAUACACAGCUGCUUCAUGUGUUUCAAGAAGACUUCAUUAUAGGAUAUAAACCACAUAAGGAAGAUAUAGAUAAAAAGGAAACAGAAAUAUUUUUUCAGCCAUCUCAAGGAUAUCGUCCACCACCAUUUUCCGAAAAGUUCUUUCUAGUAGUAAUUGAAAAGGACAGCAAUAAUUAUUCUAUUCUGCAUAUGUGGCACCUUCACCUUAAAUCUGUACAAGCAUGUUUAGCUAAGGCUUCAGAAGGUGUUUCAUCUGAGAGUUUGCUUGUGGUCCCUGGGCAGAAGAAUGUAGACUCUUCUCCAGAAACCUCUCCUAGUGUGAGCCCCAUGCCACAUUCUUCAUCGAUUGCCAAUCUUCAAACUGCUAGUAAACUUAUUCUGAGUUCUAGACUGGUAUAUAGCCAGCCUCUUGAUCUCCCAGGAGCAGUUGAAGUAAUAAGAGCAACACCUUCGGCAGGGCAUCUGAGUUCAUCUUCAAUUUAUCCAGUGUGCCUUGCACCUUAUUUAGUGGUUACAGCUUGUUCUGACAAUAAAGUACGCUUCUGGAAAUGUUGUAUGGAAACCAACACAAAGUGUAAUAAAAGUGAUGAGAAAGAAAUCUAUCAUUGGAGGAAAUGGCCCUUGAUGAAUGAUGAAGGAGAAGAUAAUAGCAGUACAGUGAGCAUUGUGGGAAGACCAGUUGCUGUUAGCUGUUCAUACACAGGUCGCCUUGCAGUAGCUUAUAAGCAACCAAUCCAUCACAAUGGUUUUGUUUCUAAGGAAUUUUCCAUGCAUGUUUGUAUAUUUGAAUGUGAAUCUACAGGAGGAUCAGAAUGGGUUUUAGAACAAACAAUUCAUCUUGAUGAUUUGGUUAAGGUUGGGAGUGUACUUGAUUCAAGGGUUAGCGUUGACAGUAAUCUGUUUGUAUAUAGCAAAUCAGAUGCACUUUUGAGCAAGGAUAGAUAUCUUAUUCCGAAUAUCAAGCAUUUAGUACAUUUGGACUGGGUAUCAAAAGAAGAUGGCUCCCACAUUCUCACAGUGGGGGUUGGUGCUAAUAUCUUCAUGUAUGGGAGGCUUUCAGGAAUUGUGACUGAGCAAACGAACAGUAAGGAUGGAGUAGCUGUUAUUACUUUACCACUAGGUGGUAGUAUCAAGCAAGGAGUUAGGUCAAGAUGGGUUCUUCUUAGAUCCAUAGACCUGGUGUCUUCUGUUGAUGGUACACCUUCACUGCCUGUUUCUCUCUCUUGGGUGAGAGAUGGAAUACUGGUGGUAGGAAUGGACUGCGAAAUGCAUGUAUAUGCACAGUGGAAGCAUGCUGUGAAAUUUGGAGACCCUGAAAGUGAUAGUCCUGAUGCAGAAGAGGCAGCAAUACAAGAUCAUUCGGCCUUUAAAUCUAACAUGCUAGCAAGAAAAAGUAUUGUUGAAGGAACAGCUAUUGCUGAUGAUAUUUUUUGUUCACCAACUGUAGUUCAAGAUGGUGGCUUAUUUGAGGCCGCACAUGUACUUUCCCCUACUCUUCCACAGUAUCAUCCAACUCAACUGUUAGAAUUGAUGGAUUUAGGGAAGGUUCGAAGGGCUAAAGCCAUUCUCUCUCAUUUAGUAAAAUGUAUUGCAGGUGAAGUUGCAAUAGUUAGAGAUGCUGAUGCUGGAGAAGGAAGUAAGCGACAUCUUUCUCGAACCAUUAGUGUAAGUGGCAGUACAGCAAAGGAUACAGUCACCAUAGGAAAAGACGGCACUCGAGAUUAUACUGAGAUAGAUUCUAUCCCUCCACUACCACUAUAUGCCUUGCUUGCUGCAGAUCAGGAUACAUCCUACAGAAUUUCAGAAGAAAGUACAAAAAUACCACAAAGCUAUGAUGAUCAUCCUGAAAGUCAACCAGAGGAUCAAUAUUCAGAGCUGUUUCAAAUCCAGGAUAUAACAACAGAUGAUAUCGAUUUAGAGCCAGAAAAGAGAGAACACAAAUCAAAAGUAAUAAAUCUUUCUCAGUAUGGACCAGCUUACUUUGGCCAAGAACAUGCUAGGGUACUUUCAAGUCAUCUUAUGCACUCAAGUCUACCAGGCCUUACCCGUUUAGAGCAGAUGUUCCUUGUAGCUUUGGCUGAUACAGUGGCUACCACCAGUACAGAGCUUGAUGAAAACAGAGAUAAGAGUUACUCAGGAAGAGACACCUUAGAUGAGUGUGGUUUGAGAUACUUGUUAGCUAUGCGCCUGCAUACAUGCCUUUUGACUUCACUGCCUCCUUUAUACCGAGUGCAGCUACUUCAUCAAGGUGUCUCUACAUGCCAUUUUGCCUGGGCUUUUCAUUCUGAGGCUGAGGAAGAACUGAUUAAUAUGAUUCCAGCAAUUCAGAGAGGGGACCCUCAGUGGUCUGAAUUAAGAGCUAUGGGAAUAGGGUGGUGGGUAAGGAAUAUUAACACACUGCGAAGAUGCAUUGAAAAGGUUGCCAAAGCUUCUUUUCAAAGGAACAAUGAUGCCUUAGAUGCUGCAUUAUUCUACCUUUCAAUGAAGAAGAAAGCAGUAGUAUGGGGUCUGUUUAGGUCACAGCAUGAUGAAAAAAUGACAACAUUUUUCAGCCACAAUUUUAAUGAAGAUAGGUGGCGUAAAGCUGCUUUGAAAAAUGCUUUUUCUUUACUUGGAAAACAACGCUUUGAACAAUCUGCUGCUUUUUUCUUGCUAGCUGGUUCAUUGAAAGAUGCCAUAGAGGUAUGUCUUGAAAAAAUGGAAGAUAUUCAGCUAGCCAUGGUUAUUGCCCGUUUAUAUGAAUCUGAAUUUGAGACUUCAUCCACUUACAUAUCCAUCCUAAAUCAGAAGAUUUUGGGUUGCCAAAAGGAUGGCUCAGGGUUCAGUUGCAAAAGAUUACAUCCUGAUCCUUUCCUGCGUAGUCUAGCCUAUUGGGUAAUGAAAGAUUACACCCGAGCCUUGGACACAUUACUGGAACAGACACCAAAGGAGGAGGAUGAACAUGAAGUUAUCAUCAAAUCUUGUAACCCAGUGGUGUUUAGUUUUUACAACUACCUUCGAACUCAUCCUUUGCUUAUUCGAAGAAACCUUGCCUCCCCUGAAGGAACUUUGGCAACCUUAGGUCUCAAAACUGAGAAAAACUUUGUAGAUAAAAUUAACCUCAUAGAAAGAAAAUUAUUCUUUACCACUGCAAAUGCUCAUUUUAAAGUUGGAUGCCCUGUUUUAGCCUUAGAGGUACUCUCCAAAAUUCCAAAAGUAACCAAAACAUCUGCCUUACCUGCAAAAAAAGAUCAGCCCCAGCCCGACUUUGUUUCUAAAAAGAUGGAUGAUACACUGUCACAAUCAAAAGCUCUGAAUGAUGGCAAUGGAAGUUCCAAUAUUGAUUGGUCAAAUGUAACUUCGUCACAGUAUGACUGGAGUCAGCCAAUAGUAAAAGUUGACGAGGAACCUCUUAAUCUUGAUUGGGGUGAAGAUCAUGAUAGUGCCUUAGAUGAAGAGGAAGAAGAUGCUGGUGGUUUAGUAAUGAAAAGUACAGAUGCCAGGGGAAAAGAUAGACAAGAAGAUCAGAAGUCCUUAGACCCUAAUAUGUUACUGACUCCUCAGGAAGAGGAUUCCCAUGAAUGUGAUACUGAAGUUGAUGUGAUUGCUGAACAACUAAAAUUUAGAGCUUGUUUAAAGAUCCUUAUGACUGAACUAAGAACAUUGGCAACAGGUUAUGAAGUAGAUGGAGGAAAACUCAGAUUUCAACUCUAUAACUGGCUUGAAAAGGAAAUUGCUGCUUUGCAUGAUAUAUGUAAUCAUGAAUCAGUUAUUAAAGAAUAUUCCAGUAAAACAUAUGCCAAAGUAGAGAGUGAUCUUCUAGAUCAUGAAGAAAUGGUGGACAAACCAGACAUUGGUUCCUAUGAGCGCCACCAAAUAGAGAGACGAAGAUUGCAGGCUAAACGAGAGCAUGCAGAAAGACGGAAAUUGUGGCUGCAGAAAAACCAAGAUCUCCUGAGAGUGUUUCUUAGUUAUUGUAGCCUUCAUGGGGCCCAGGGUGGUGGUCUGGCCUCAGUAAGGAUGGAACUCAAAUUUUUACUACAAGAAUCACAGCAGGAAACAACAGUAAAGCAGCUCCAGUCUCCACUACCAUUGCCUACCACCCUACCUCUGCUUUCAGCAAGUAUUGCUUCGACAAAAACAGUCAUAGCUAAUCCUGUAUUGUACUUAAAUAAUCACAUCCAUGAUAUACUUUAUACUAUUGUUCAGAUGAAAACACCACCUCAUCCCAGUAUUGAAGAUGUGAAGGUGCACACACUUCAUUCACUAGCAGCAUCACUUUCUGCAUCAAUUUACCAAGCAUUAUGUGACAGUCAUAGCUACAGCAGUCAAACAGAAGGAAAUCAGUUUACAGGAAUGGCUUACCAAGGACUUCUUUUAAGUGAUCGUCGAAGACUAAGGACAGAAAGCAUUGAAGAACAUGCAACACCAAAUUCUUCUCCUGCUCAAUGGCCUGGUGUGAGCUCACUUAUUAAUCUUUUGAGUUCAGCUCAAGAUGAAGACCAGCCAAAAUUGAACAUUUUAUUAUGUGAAGCUGUUGUUGCUGUUUACUUAAGUUUAUUGAUACAUGCUCUUGCCACAAAUUCCUCCAAUGAAUUGUUUCGACUUGCAGCCCACCCAUUAAAUAAUCGAAUGUGGGCUGCUGUUUUUGGAGGGGGUGUGAAACUUGUUGUGAAACCUCGAAGACAGUCAGAAAAUAUUUCAGCACCUCCUGUUCCUCCUGAAGACAUAGAUAAACACCGCAGGAGAUUCAACAUGCGAAUGCUGGUUCCCGGAAGGCCUGUAAAAGAUGCUACUCCACCACCAGUGCCUGCGGAAAGACCAUCUUACAAAGAAAAGUUCAUUCCUCCUGAACUUAGUAUGUGGGAUUAUUUUGUUGCAAAGCCAUUUCUCCCUUUGUCUGAUAGUGGUGUUAUAUAUGAUUCUGAUGAAAGCAUUCAUAGUGAGGAUGAAGAAGAUGAUGCCUUUUUUUCAGAUACACAAAUACAGGAGCACCAAGAUCCAAAUUCCUAUAGUUGGGCUCUUCUACAUUUGACAAUGGUUAAGCUAGCACUUCACAAUGUCAAGAAUUUCUUUCCCAUUGCUGGACUCGAAUUCUCUGAGUUGCCUGUAACAUCACCAUUAGGUAUUGCUGUGAUUAAAAACUUGGAGAACUGGGAACAGAUCCUGCAAGAGAAAAUGGAUCAAUUUGAAGGUCCACCCCCUAACUAUAUCAACACAUAUCCAACUGACCUUUCAGUAGGAGCUGGACCAGCUAUUCUUCGAAAUAAAGCAAUGUUAGAACCUGAAAAUACUCCAUUCAAGUCCCGAGAGUCUUCUGCACUUCCAGUGAAACGACUUUGGCAUUUCCUCGUUAAACAAGAAGUCCUUCAAGAGACGUUUAUUAGAUAUAUUUUUACGAAGAAAAGAAAGCAGAGUGAGGUUGAAGCUGAUCUGGGCUAUCCAGGUGGAAAGGCAAAAGUUAUUCAUAAGGAAUCCGAUAUGAUCAUGGCAUUUGCCGUUAAUAAGGCAAACUAUAAUGAAAUUGUUUUGGCCUCAACACAUGAUGUUCAGGAACUUGAUGUUACUUCUCUACUGGCCUGUCAGUCAUACAUAUGGAUUGGAGAAGAAUAUGACAGAGAAUCCAAAAGUUCAGAUGAUAUUGAUUAUCGUGGUUCCACUACAACUCUUUAUCAACCCAGUGCAACGUCCUAUUCAGCAAGUCAGGUGCAUCCACCUUCCUCUCUGCCAUGGUUGGGCAGUGGACAGACUAGCACUGGAGCCAGUGUGCUUAUGAAAAGGAAUCUACAUAAUGUUAAGAGAAUGACCUCACAUCCAGUUCAUCAAUACUAUCUUACAGGUGCUCAGGAUGGCAGUGUACGAAUGUUUGAAUGGACACGACCUCAGCAACUUGUCUGCUUCCGUCAAGCUGGCAAUGCAAGAGUUACCAGAUUAUAUUUUAAUUCACAGGGCAACAAGUGCGGCGUUGCAGAUGGAGAGGGUUUUCUGAGUAUCUGGCAAGUGAACCAAACUGCAUCAAAUCCCAAACCUUACAUGAGUUGGCAGUGCCACAGUAAAUCCACAAGUGACUUUGCAUUUAUUACCUCUUCAAGUCUAGUUGCCACAUCUGGACAGUCCAAUGAUAAUAGAAAUGUAUGCCUUUGGGACACAUUAAUAUCACCUGGAAACAGCCUCAUUCAUGGUUUCACAUGUCAUGAUCAUGGUGCCACGGUACUUCAAUAUGCACCCAAACAGCAACUCCUUAUUUCUGGAGGUAGGAAAGGAUAUGUCUGUGUUUUUGACAUCAGGCAGAGACAGCUAAUUCACACAUUUCAGGCACAUGACUCAGCCAUCAAGGCACUGGCUCUGGAUCCCUAUGAGGAAUAUUUUACCACAGGUUCAGCAGAAGGUAACAUAAAGGUUUGGAGAUUGACAAGCCAUGGCCUAAUUCAUUCAUUUAAAAGUGAACACGCUAAGCAGUCCAUAUUCAGAAACAUCGGGGCUGGAGUCAUGCAGAUUGACAUCAUUCAGGGGAAUCGGAUCUUCUCCUGUGGUGCAGAUGGCACGCUGAAAACCAGGGUUUUGCCCAAUGCUUUUAACAUCCCUAACAGAAUUCUUGACAUUCUAUAGACUUACAGAUUGGGGUUUUAUUUUUAUAUAUACAUUUCAAUUAAAAAACACUGUAGUAAUCAUUAGGCAAGUCUGCUUUCCAAGCAGUUAACACACUGAAAACAAUACAGAGAAUCUCUGUGCAGAGUUGAAUAGAGCCAAGCUGAGUGUUGUGUUGAGUAUUGGCUAUACAGGUUGGUAGAGUGAAUGCGCAUGUACCUUGUUAUAACGCUGACAUUCUAAAAAAAUAAAAAAAUCAACCCUAGUAUUGUAUGAAGGAUAGCUAUUCUUUAUAGCAUUUAGCAAACCUGAUUCAGAAAAUAUUCGCAAAUUAGUUACUUGAAACAGUGAGAAGGACCUUUAUACCAAAUUAAGGAGGAAAAUGUUGCUGAUUCAGGUUUUUCUUCCUGUUCUUAUCACUGAUUGAAGCAUGCCUGCAGUCUCCUUCUCUGUGGAAUGAAGGAUAGUCAUAUGGUGUGUUAAGAGCUCUAGGCCACCAGAAAAACUUCUUAGCUGUGAAGCAGUGCACAGUGCCCAGUUCUCUGCCGUGAGAGGUCAUUUCCAUUCUUUCCUGCUGAAUAUUUUUCCUGUUAGUGUUUAUACUGAGCUAGUACUGUAAUUUGCAAAUGAGUGCAAAUUUAAAUGCAAUGUUUUCCUCACAAUUUGCACAUUCACAUUUUUUGGACUGCUAGUUUUUCUAUUUAAAUAUUUGCCUUCAUGUUAGGAAUGUAAUACGUGAACAUGACAUAUUUGUAGUUAACCAAAACACAUCUUCUUAGUCCAGUUUAGUACUUUUUCUUUUCCUGUAUUCAAAGUUAAAUACCCAAAACAUUUAAAGCUAUGUUGAAACUACACCAGUAGAGCAUUUCAUGUCAUAAUUAAAAGAAUGUUAGGCUUUUUGUGGCCAGUUAAUAGUUGAUGAGAUUGGUGAUAUUAUUUAUUGCCACAGCCUACUGUAUAAACUAUGCAGAGUUAAAUAUUAUUUGCUUGUAAAAUAUUAGCCAAUGUUGUUAUAUUUGAUGUAUUUCCUUGGUUAUGACCAAAAAUAUGUUCUUGAGCUAUUGAAACUAAUGUCUGUGUGUUUAAUGUUUACCAGCAAAUUGUCUCAUCAUGUUAAUGAGAAUGUUUAAUGCCUGUGCAGUAAACAGUAAAAUAUAAUGGCAUAACAGUACCUUUCUCUGAAGAUGAUGUGAUGUUCAGGCUGUGAAAUACAUAUGUAAAAGAAAAAUAAAUGUUAUUUGUUAGAGUUUUA